AUGGUGUUCAAACCCUUUAAGUCUCCUUUGAUUAGGCAACCAGUCUCAAUUACAACAGAGAAUAUCGACGAAUCCGUCCCUCCCGCAAAAAAGCCCCGCCUGCUUGGCGAUGAACCCACAUCCGACCCAGACGCGAAAUCAACACCGCUAGUCAGCCGGAAGCCCCUCAUACAAGUCAAUAAUAAACGAACAGGCAGCUCAGCAUCAUCUCCGGUAGAGUCGCUUAAAGACGAAUUGCCAGACGAAAAAUAUUUCAAUGUCCUUUGGCGCAAACCAACCGCUAAGAAGCACAAAAUAUGGGAUGGAGAUGGAAUUCUGUCUGCGCGCGGAGGAUUCGUCUACCUACGAGACGCAGCAGGGAAGGAGAUGGGACGCAAAAUGCACGAAUCCAAACUCGGGCCAGGAACAAUGCUUUCGAUCUCCGGAAAAGAAGUCGAGAUUGAUUGCGAGAUUUCUCGCUCGGAAUACCUCUCUGGUAGGGGUUUCCUAGAAAGCAGCAAACCGGAACCAGCGCCUGCACCUACACCUGUGGCGGCGAAGGUAGAAGCACUUCCUGCUCGGAAGAAGAGUCAGGCGCAAAAGCAUGUGCUUACUGCCGCCGAGCGGACUCAAUCUCUCAAGCGUUCAUUGGCAUUGGUGACUAAUCCCUCUGCGAACCCUGGCAAUGCACCGGCAGCAUUUUCGGCGUACAAAAAGCCGUUGCUUCAGAAUACGGUUGUUCCCAAGGUUGCUGGGAAAGUCAUUCCACGCCAUGAUCCUAAGGCAUCUGGCGCCUUGGUUAUGCCGCGGCCGAAGUCUGUGCCUAAAGGGAGACAGGUUGUCGACGUGGUUGUCGACCCGAUUUUGUGUAAGAACCUACGACCCCAUCAACGGGAGGGUGUUCAGUUUUUGUAUGAGUGUGUCAUGGGUAUGAGGUCUUUCAAUGGUGAAGGUGCUAUCCUUGCUGAUGACAUGGGAUUGGGUAAGACUUUGCAGACUAUUACGCUGCUUUGGACUUUGCUUAAGCAGAAUCCUGUCUUUGAGGAUGCACCUGUCAUUAAGAAGGCGUUGAUUGUCUGUCCAGUUACUUUGAUCAACAACUGGCGGAAGGAAUUCCGCAAGUGGUUGGGCAAUGAGCGCAUUGGUGUCUUUGUCUUUGAUGACAAGCAAAAACGUUUGACCGAUUUUACGAAGGGACGCGCCUACAGUAUCAUGAUUGUUGGAUAUGAGAAAUUGAGGACGGUUCAGGAAGCUUUGGCCAAUAGCUCUGGAAUCGAUAUCAUUAUUGCGGAUGAAGGGCACAGACUGAAGACGUUGCAGAAUAAGAGUGGUCAAGCGAUCCAGUCACUCAGCGCUGCGAAGCGUGUCAUUCUAUCUGGUACACCUAUCCAGAACGACCUGAGAGAGUUCUUUGCAGCCGUGGAUCUAGUCAAUCCGGGCAUUUUGGGCAAUUUCAAGUCCUUCAUUAAGGAGUUUGAAACGCCAAUCGUUCGGAGCCGACAGCCAGAGGCUACAAGCAAAGAGAUCGAGAAGGGAGAAUCCAGAGGCGAAGAGUUGAGAGAACUCACUUCCAAAUUUAUGCUCCGUCGAACAGCAGACAUUCUCGCCAAAUACCUCCCACCGAAAACGGAAUAUGUCUUGUUCUGCAAGCCAACCCGCCCCCAAGCAGCUAUUUACAAGAGCGUUCUCGCCUCUCCAGUCUUCCAAUAUGCCAUGGGCAACACAGAGAGUGCUCUGCAACUGAUUACUAUCCUUAAAAAGCUGUGCAACAGCCCAUCCCUAUUGACAUCCAAAAAUAAGGACAAUUCUCCAAACGAAACAAUCUCUACCCUACUCGAAUCUAUCCCCCCAAACCUGCAUCGACACCUCUCUCCUUCUGCUAGCGGGAAAAUUCGCGUUCUGGACCAACUCCUCGACAGCAUGCGCAAUACAACAGACGAGAAGAUUGUCCUAGUAUCGAACUACACCUCCACACUCACUCUCCUCUCCACUCUCUUGUCCUCUCUCGGCCUCCCCUAUCUCCGUCUAGACGGAAGCACCCCUGCGCAAAAGCGCCAAGGUCUAGUCGACGACUUCAAUCGUCUCCCCGCAAGCUCCUGUUUCGCAUUCCUCCUCUCAGCAAAGGCGGGUGGUACAGGUCUGAACCUCAUUGGUGCAAGUCGUCUCAUCCUGUUCGACGUCGACUGGAAUCCCGCAACGGAUAUUCAAGCCAUGGCUCGUAUCCACCGUGACGGUCAGAAACGGCCGUGUCGGAUCUACCGCGUUCUACUGAAGGGCAGUCUCGAAGAGAAGAUCUGGCAGCGACAGGUAACGAAAUUGGGUCUUGCGGAUAGUGUGAUGCAAGACAAGAACAAUAGUGUUGCGCAAUUCUCUGCGGCGGAGCUGAAAGAUUUGUUCCGUCUUGAUGAGGAGAGCCGCUGCCAAACUCAUGACUUGUUGGGCUGUGAUUGUUGUGGGAAGGGGCUGCCUCCUGCUUCUGGGGCUUCUUCUGGUGCUGCUACUCCUGCCAUUGGUGACGGUGAUGGGUCUGAGCUGUCUGAACUUUCAGAGCCCCCGUCUGAUGAUGACUUUGACUUGCCCGACCCUAGUACCCUCCUCAAAGCUUCCGAGGUUGAUAUGGAGAAACAGGAAAAGGCAAUCCGAGAUCGAUCCCGGAAGGGAACUUCUAAGGACGAGAAGGGGACUGGCAAAUCCCGAAGCCAGAAAGACAAGAUGCAUCAGUCUCUUGCGCAGUACUCGCAUAUCGAUCCCACUUUACUCUCCGGUGAAGCUGACGCUGCCGGGGUUGAUGAGGAUCUCGAGGCUGCUGUUGAUGAUGAUGUUCUUGUUUCUUUACUGAAGGACGAGUGUAACAUGAUUGGGUAUGUCUUCAAGAAGACCAAUGGUGCGGAAAUCAGUACAUAA